UUAGUGCGAAGUGAUGGAGUCAUUUCUAUUAAAAUCGGUUGUCGUAGUCUUGGCCCAACCUUUCCGAAUCCGGAGUGGGAAAUGUGAAUCAAGACCAAAGCGUGCCUCUAAAGUAGGGCCUAGGCCUAGCUAUAGGCUAGGCCUACUACUUACUAGAGCUAGACAGGAAGAGGGGUGUUGGGAAGAGAAGGGCUAGCCUGUCUAUUCUAACUCCAAGGAACAGCAAUAAUGCAAGUUGAAAUGGGCCUACAGCAAAACAAUUCAAGAGCAAUUAGUUGAGCCAUGAUUAUGAACGAUGAGAUCAGUGAGCCAUCAUCACCAGAAACGCCAUUUGAUGAGUCGGAUUUGAUGGCUGGUAUGACAGAUGAAGUGACAUCUCAGUUGGCUCAUGCUGGUCCUAUUGGUGUAGCUGCAGCAGCUGCCAUAGCAACGGGAAAGAAACGGAAACGCCCUCACUCGUUUGAAACAAACCCUUCAAUUAGACGCAGGCAACAGACCAGGCUGAUGAGGAAGUUGAGAGCUACAAUCGAUGAAUAUGCAACAAGGGUUGGACAGCAGGCAGUUGUAAUUUGCUGUAUUCCAGGAAAAGGAGAAAAGACAUUCAAAGUUAGUGGGUCAUGUCCAUUGGAAGGUGUUAUGCGAAACUGUCGCACAGUGAUUAUGCAAGAUUUGGAGGCUGCUUUGGCUCAGCAAGCCCCCGCUCCGCCCCCAGAAAAUACCAACCUACAUGAGCUUCCGCCAUUAGUCAUAGAUGGCAUACCCACCCCUGUGGACAAAAUGACCCAAGCCCAGCUUCGAGGGUUCAUACCACUGAUGCUGAAGUACUCCACAGGGAGGGGGAAACCUGGCUGGGGGAAGGAGACAUGUAGACCAGUAUGGUGGCCGUCUGAUUUACCGUGGGCAAAUGUCAGGAGUGAUGUCAGGUCAGAUGAAGACAAACGAAAGGUGUCUUGGACUCAUGCCCUUCGUACAAUUGUGAAAAAUUGCUACAAACAUCAUGGCCGGGAGGACCUGUUGCCGGAUUUCCAGGAAACGGAAACGCAUCAUCAUCAAACCACCCAUCAGCUUAUCCCGUCCCAUACAGUUGUACAGACAAUCAACAAUGCUGACGGUACACUGUCCCUUAUACAAGUUGACACGGGAAAUACAGUUGCUACUCUUACUGAUGUAUCGCAAGUUCAACAGAUCCAGCAUGUCCAACAGCUGGGACAAGUUCAGCACCUCAACCACAUACCACACCUUCAACAGGUAUUGAUCCAACAGUCUCAGUUACAACAUGCACAGCUUGGCGUCAGCCAACAAGCGGAGGCCACCCAAGCUGUGCAAACACUUGCUGAAGUCGCUGCCGCCACGCAGAACGGAACUCCAGUGUCGGUGACCAUGAACGGGGAUGGUGGACACACGGUCGCAACGCUCACCGAAGCAACGUUGGCCGACGGUCAGAUUAUGCUCUCAACAGACGCUAACCAGAGUAUCGUUAUCCCUGCCUCAAUAUACCCGGUGUCGAGUAUCAGUAGUGACCAGAUGCAAGUUCAACAUGCGCAGACAAUACAAACCAUAGCAACCACCGAUAGUAAUAGUGUGACUGUGCAGGCCGAAGCUGUCCAGCAAACGCAGAACCACGCCAACGUCCCGGUGGCAUCACAGGCUGUAGAGGUAGUCACGUUACAGGAAGCAUCCAUAGAACAACAGUAGGCUGGUUAGACCUGUGUAUCUCUUUUUUUUUUC